AUGUUGCACCGCGCCGCGCGCCGCGUGUCACGAGCCUCCUCCUCUGUCUCCCCUUUCUCGUCUCUCCUCUCUCGCCGCCGCCUCUCUGUGGCGCCCGAGGUGGCCGCCGCGACGGCGCCCACCUGCGGCGGGUUCAUCGAGGACGAGUACAGCGACAACGCGCACCCGAGCGCCGUGUCGGGCGUGUACCAGCUGCCUGGUACACUGCACCUGGAGAAGGGGGACAAGCUCGUGGCGCCCGAGGUGGCGUACACGACGUACGGCACGCUCAACGCGGCGCGGGACAACGUGAUCGUGCUGUGCCACGCGCUCACGGGCCACUCGCUGGUGCACCAGUACUGGGACGCCAUGGUCACGCCCGAGUGGACGGACAAGUACUUCAUCGUGUGCAGCAACGUGCUGGGCUCGUGCUACGGAUCCACGGGCCCCACGGCCGUCAACCCGCUCACGGGGCGCGCGUACGGCCCGGACUUCCCGGCCGUCACGCUGCGCGACGCCGUGGCGCUGCAGCGUCGGCUGCUGGAGGACGGACUGGGCGUCAAACAGGUGCAGGCGGUGAUCGGCGGCUCGCUGGGCGGCAUGCAGACGCUCGAGUGGGCGUUCCAGGGCCAGGACUUCGUCAAGAGUUUCGUGGCCAUCGCGUGCGGCACGCAGCACUCGGCCUGGCAGAUCGGCAUCAGCGAGCUGCAGCGCCAGGCCAUCUACAUGGACGCCAACUUCCGCGGGGGCCACUAUACUUCGUCCGCGCCGCCCAACACGGGGCUGUCGCUGGCCCGCCAGAUCGCCAUGGUGAGCUACCGAACCCACGCCGCGUACGGCGACAAGUUCGGGCGCUGUGAGGAGCAGCCCGCGGAGAACGACACACUGGCCUCCAAGUACGGACGCUACGUGGUGCAGUCGUACCUCGAGUACCAGGGGGAGAAGUUCCUGUCCCGCUUCGACGUCAACUCGUACCUGGCGCUGCUGCACAUGAUGGACACGCACGACGUCGGCCGAGGCCGCGGUGGGCUGCAGCAGGCGCUGGGGUCGCUGUCCCAGCCGGCGCUGAUCAUCGGCAUCGACUCGGACGUGUUGUACCCGCUGUCGGAGCAGCAGCAGAUUGCGGAUAACCUGCCGAACGCGCAGUUCGCGGCGCUGUCGUCGCCUCACGGUCACGACGGAUUCCUGCUGGGGCAGGAGGAGAUCAGCGCACUCACCAAGCGGUUCCUGGCUGAGCACGUGGAAUGA